AUGGCCAAAGCAGUCGCUGCAGCCUCAGGCCACAAGGCCGCCAAGAAGAAAAAAUGGUCGAAGGGAAAAGUCAGAGACAAAUCGAACAACCACGUCAUCUGUGACAAGCCUACGUUCGACAAAAUCUUCAAGGAAGUCCCAACCUACAAGAUGAUCUCGCAAUCCGUUUUGAUCGACCGCAUGAAAAUCAACGGGAGUCUUGCACGUGUUGCCAUUCAACAUCUCGAGCGUGAGGGUUUGAUCAAGCGUAUCGUUCAUCAUCGAGGCCAACUUGUCUACACCCGGGCCACCGCUGCAACUGAAUAG